AUGAAUAGGGGAAAGAAUGUAAAAGACCCAAAUUUCUCCAAUCUACCCAAAAAACGUAGAAACCCACCACCUCCAAACAACCGCAAUGUAAUGCCACCGCCUCCUCCUUCGCAAAGAGACACCUUCGAAAAUACGUAUCGGCCACAAUCCGUUGAUGAUUUCCUUAGUGGAAUGGACCCACUAUUUUUCUCAACCAUCCCGUCAAGUGUCCAACAAAUGAAUACCGGGUUUUCGAAUUUCUCGAAUGAAAGUCAACCCGGGUUUUCGCAAUUCGCGGGUGGUUCAUCAUCACAAUAUCAUCAACAGGUUCAAGAAGAAGAAGCAAUACCCCAGACCCAAGUCUCGGUUAAAGCGGCUAAAGGUAAAAGAGAGUGUCGUGGAUGGGGGAAGGAUGAAGAAAAGUGUUUGGCAAAAGCUUGGUUAAACGUUUCCGAGGAUCCAUACACCGGAAACGCCCAAACAGCCAAUUCGUUUUGGGGGAAGGUGAAGUUUCAGAUGGAUGAACACUUGAAACGUGAUUCGGGACGUACCCCGGAAAUGUGUCGGUCGAAAUGGAAGGAUUUGAAGCUUAAGGUGUCGGGUUUUUGUGGUAUCUACAAUGUGAAGAAAAGUAAGAUGUCGAGUGAUCAAAGUGACGAGGAUGUGUUUAAGGCGGCCGUGGCAUUAGGCGUGGCAAGUUUUGAGGGAUGGGCCAAGUGGUCAGAGAUUCUUACUUUGGAGGGGAUUUGUGAGGAGUCGGGUAGCAAAAGGGCAAGAACGGAAGGGUCAGUCCAUGUACGUUCAUCGAGGGAGGCAUUGGUCCAUAUUGACUUGAAUGAGGACCGGUUGGAGCAAGAAGAGGAGGGUGGGAACGACAUGGAUGAUGCACUAGUACAUCCUGCUAGACCCGUGCCACCCUGUCGUAGAGCUAAGGGUAAGCAGCCGUCUACAUCCGCCUCCACCACAUCCGAAGAAUUCUUAAAGAUGGUCGCUGAGUUGAAAUGCGACAAUAAAGAUAAAAAGCGAAUUCGGGAAGAGAAGAUGCAGAUGCAGAGGGCGAUGAUGGAUAGCUACAUGGCGGCAGAGGAGGCUAGGAAAAAAAAGGAGGAGGAGAUGACACGGAUGGUCCAGAAUCAACAGCGACAGAACGAUAUGGACUUCGUGAUCAGGCCACACGAUCACCUCAGCGGGGGGAUGUUGGAGAUCGUUUUGGUGCAGAAACGCGCCAUUUGUGAGAAGUACGGAUGGCCGAUGCCUUAG